AUGCGAGAACCUAUGGGAACUGAAUUCGGAGACGUUAUACAAUCAAUUGCAAACGCAAAUCUGGAAACUCCUCAGCAUCUCCUAAAAUCAUGGCUGGACCAACUGUACUCAGGUUCCUCCAAAUUUGGCUUGAGUUCCUCUCAGUUGAUUACUUUGAUUCGUUUUCUAUGUAUGUCUCCAAUUCUUUCUCUUUCAACCAAAUUAUACAUCAUAGAAAAUUGCCUGCUCCCGAAUGAUUAUAUAUCAAGAGAUGUAUCGAAAGAAGUUGCAAGAAAUUUAGGAACUGCCACUGCUAUAUCCGAAUUCAAGCUACAGACGACUACGAAAAUACAAGUUGCACUAGCUAAAUGGUUAGCUCAAGUUUAUUUCCUUUUAUUGCCUCGGACCGAUAAAAAAGACUCAAUUAGGGAAUCUGAUAUUUGGAUACACUUAUGGCAAUUUGGCUAUCUUCAGCACUGGCUUACAUAUAUCCUUACGUGGUCUUCUUCCUCUGCCUCGGAUGUCCAGCGUUGGAAGGUUAUUUUGCUGCAGCGAAUAGGUUCAAAACCUAGCUAUCAAUAUGGUACAGCCUACGCAACUUUAAUACUUUCUCGUUACAGAACUUUGAUCGGUGACUCUAAACUAAUCUCUGAUGCGAUUAGCAACCUUAAAUGUAACGCUAGGAGGCUGCGAACAUUGCAAGACUUUCGAAUAGAUGAGACGUUUUUAAAAAAAAUUCAAGCUAUUCUAGUGGAUCAAUCCCCCUCGAAGUUCACUGCUGAAAUAAUUGAGGAAAUUUUGUCUUCAUAUCUCUAUCGAUUGCAACCGUCUGACAAGAGACAUUUAAAUCCUGUAAAUCAUUCUAUGGAGAAUUCAGGCAACGUUCAGCUGCGAAAUACUAGAACGUUAAUAGAAUUGGCUUGGAAGUGGAACGAUAUAAUUGAACCAAAAAAUGUAGAGCCUUUUUUUAUGGAUAUAAAUGCGUUGCCUCAGUUGCUAUAUGUCACACAGCUCACAAAAAAAGAAAACAACGAAGCAGCGGCAUGGAAGUGGAUUUCCAUUAACCUGAACAUGAUCUUUCUCUCACAUUUAAAAAAUUUUCAAACUGCAAAAAAUACAAUCGAUGGCAUUACUAGAUUUUGCCAAAUUAGUGGUGACUUCAUCGAGCCAAUUAUGAAAAGUUUUCUAACACUAACUAACUUGAAGAACAAUCCUAGUGCAUUCUCUUAUUUUUGGGCAAGAAUUUUUCUAGUGGUGCAGUCCGAAAGUUUUCACCUGAAUCGACAUGAACAGCAAAUUAUGCAGAUCGUGGCCUACUGCCACUUGGAAAAGUUUAAACACAAGUUUAUGUUCCCAGAAAUUAUCGAACCUUUAAUAAACUGCAUUGGAUUUCAAAACAGCAGUACAAAUGAAAUUGAGUUGAAUUCAAGGAUAAAAAUAUUGCGAUUUAUCUUAGAUUUAGUGACAUCAGAUUUUUCUACUCAAUCUGAUGACAGGAAAAUAACGAUGCUCAUAACUAGAACUAUGAAUAUUCUUCCACAUAUUCAAAAGGGCAUAUCCUUGAUGACCCCGCAGAUUAUGAACAGAUUUAUUGUUACAGAUGACCCUGUUUUGUUGGAUGCUUCUUGCCUCUAUUUGAUUGAUGCCAAAAAACAACUGGAAGAUUUGGAACCAGAAAACAAACUUGUUCAAUAUCAAAAUCAAUUUAUUAUGGACUUAACGAAUUACCUAUGGAGAAAUAAGCUUCUCAGUUCCCGAAAAUUUGUCGAAAUUCCCAUCGAUUUUCUUCGAACUACGAUCAACAAUCUGUACCUCCCUACUACAGAACCUAAAAAAAGAAUAUUGUUCUCGAUUACUGGUAUACCAGCUUUAUCAUAUACCUCUUCUGUUAAACUCCGUGAAAUUGAAUUAAAACAUAAUACUUUGCACAAUUAUCAAGCGCUUAUUACGGAGGGAGGUUUCAGAAAAUUUACGUUGAGGAAUAAUGACAAGAAAGGAUGGCUAGGGUCGGUCAAGACCAUUGCGGAUCUGAAAGUUGAGCUAUUGAAAGAGUUGGCUUUUUCAGGUCCGUAUUCCAAUAUUCCGUCUUUUCUUUUUACAUAUUUGAAAAGCCUGUCUCAAUACAGUACGGGUUACGACUAG